CAGACCAAAGUUGGUUUCUUCCCACUAUGCAAGGGCAUUCAAGAAGCGGGGUUGUGUUUCAGCCUCACUGCGGGCGGCAAAUCGGACAGCAAACAGGGUGGUAUCGGUUCAGGGAUCUUUCCUGCCACCACGAUCAACUGACAGUCUAAUUCUAGGCCGAGAAUCAAUCUAGUGGGGGUGGGAGAGAACAGACGUUCGUCCCGCCCGGCCCGCGUCCUCAUCAUACGAUUCUUCCCCCACCAUCUCAGAUCUACAGGCAUGGAUUCCGACUUUCCUGAACCUCAUAUCCGUCUCCCCCAAGGACCACACACCCACACCGCCAUCCUCCUCCACGGCCGCGGCAGCAACGGUCCUGAAUUCGCCGACGAACUCUUCUCCUCCUCCACCUCCACGGGCAAAUCCCUCCCAUCCCACCUCCCAACCUUCCGCUGGGUGUUCCCUACAUCCAAAGACCGGUGGAAUGCUCGCUUCGAAGAGGACAUUUGUGCUUGGUUCGAUGCGUAUUCACUGACGGAUAUCACCGAGCAUCAGCAAUCACAAAUUCCUGGAUUGCAAGAAUCGGUCUCGUAUAUUCUCAAUAUCCUAGAAGAUGAGAUCAAUCUCCUCGAUGGGAAGACCACCCAUAUUUAUCUAGGAGGGAUUAGCCAGGGUAUGGCGACCGCUUUAUGGACUUUCUUUUGCGCGAGUACCAAGGUGGAAGGGAGGUUAGGUGGGGUAAUAGGUUUUUGUGGGUGGAUGCCAUUUGCAGAGAGGUUUGGGGAUGAUCUUGGGAAUGAGGAUUUAGAUUUAGAUGGGGGGAGACGAGUGGUUGAGUUUUGUUCUGGGAUUGUGCGGGGUGAGGUUGAGGGAGAUAUCGAUAUGAGGGUUUUGGGUACGCCGGUACUGUUAGGCCACGGAGUGGAUGAUCCGAUGGUGCCGGUGGAGUUGGGAAGACAGGUGCUUGGGAUUGUGAAACGGGCGGGGGUGCAGGUGGAGUGGGUGGAGUAUGUUGGGGCGGAGGGGGAUGGGCAUUGGAUUAAGGAGCCGGAGGGAUUUGAUGCCAUUUUGAAGUUUCUUGCGUCGGGAUCAGGGGAUGCUUAGGUUGUGGAAUAUUUUUGAUAUGGAAGGGUGGUUACCCGGCAACAAUAUCAUAAACAAUAGGAAU